CCCACCAUGAUCCCCCUCACACUCAUACUUUUAACACAUCUUAACUACCAACUUCAAUUCCUGGAUUACCGGAGACGUGUAGAUCCCAGAGACAAAAAAUAUACAUAAAAACGCCGAAGAAAUGAAGAGGUUUAGCUGGGUGUCGAGGCGGUCGCGGAGCUGCGAUGCUCGGCUGUCGUCGAGGGUGUUAAGUGCCGCCUCGCUCAACCGUUUAUUGCAACACCUGGCACACAACACCACUCUCAACACUAUGGGCAACAACGUCAGUGAUCCGUCGAGCCAAUCUCCUCCCCAAAAAGGAUUUCAGUGGUCCAGUGGGAGCUCCAGGGCCUAUGGCGAGCCCCCGGAGGUUAUCGUCAAGUUGGCUAAGAUCCUGGUGGGCAAGUCGCUUACUGAAGACAACAUAGAUGGCAUAUCAGAAAAUGUCUUCCUAAAAUAUGUGUGCAAGGCCAGCCAGCCACUUGGUAAACGCUUGUUUCAGUACUCCAUUACUCACUGGCAGAAAAGUGAGCAGGAAAGCAUCCCGGGUGUUUUGUCUAAAGCAGCGUUUUUGUCAUCUGCAAAUUGUCUUCUUGCACUUAUGACAGAUUCUCAGCAGCUUGAGUUUUAUAUUAAGGUUUUUGCACGACAUGAAGAAAAGAUUGAGAAACAAGAUGUUUACGAGUUAAUUUUUGCUGCGUAUCAAAUAUCUACAGCUUCCCAACGCACAUGCUGCAUGCCUGAUGAUAUUCUCAUGUCUGUUGUUAAUUCUGCUAUGCAUGGAAAGGAGAGUGUGAACACUAAAUAUCUUCAUAGUUGGGUAUGUCAUCACUGCCCUCGCUUGGUGAUGUGGCUUCACCGAUACAUCACUCACAUCCUGACUGUUGGACAUCGCACAAUACCAGAUAACACCGAGGAAAAAGAGGCUGACCAAGAUACACCCAUCCUAGACUGCCCCAGCAAAACUUCAUGUGUUACUCUGCACCCUGCACUCAUCUGGCUUUUGACAGGGUCUCUUCCAACAAUAUACACAAAGCAACAGAAGAAGAAUAAUCUCCCUUCCUCUAACAAUCUGUUAAUGGAUCCUCAUGUCUUCAUUAGCAGAAUGAUUUCCGCUGUGAGUCCAACACACUGGAUGCAGUUGUAUAACAGCGAUAAUCACGGUCUCAGUAUUAACAGAUUACAGCACCAUGUAUUUGGUUACAAUAGCCCAACAAUGAUGUUCAUUACAGCAGAGGGUGGUAACCUUUUCUGCCUAGCAAGUGACGUUGGUUGGAGGGACUCGAAGCAUUUCUGGGGUGGAGAGAAUUGCCUCUGUAUGCAGUUGACUCCAGAAUAUAAAAUCAUUGAAAGUAAAAUUGAGAAAGUUCUUCAGCAUUUUGACUGCAGCAGAUUAGAUUUCCUGAGCCUAACUAUUCUGUUGUUCUCUAAAGCAAAGUACAGUACUUGUCCAUCCAAGGACAGGUGUAAACAACAGCAGGCAACUAUCGCCUUUCCCUCAGUAUUGGCAGGCUUUGCCUCGGUACUGGCAGGCUUUGCCUCGGUACUGGCAGGCUUUGCCUCGGUACUGGCAGGCUUUGCCUCGGUACUGGCAGGCUUUGCCUCGGUACUGGCAGGCUUUGCCUCGGUACUGGCAGGCUUUGCCUCGGUACUGGCAGGCUUUGCCUCGGUACUGGCAGGCUUUGCCUCGGUACUGGCAGCCUUUCCCUCGGUACUGGCAGCCUUUCCCUUGUACAGGGAAGCACAAACUGAGCUGAAAAAGCGUGAAGUGAAAGACGUUGAGAACAGGAGGAAGGUUAAAUUGAAUAGUUCAGAUUGGCUAGAUAAUCCUGACCGCUACCUUAUUGAAUUGGCCGGCACACGUGUCAGCUAUGCCCAGUAUGACUCUCCGCCACCAGAAAAAGACUCCAGCAAAUCCUAGCUAAGGCAACUUGCCUCUUGAACUUGGUAACAUCAGAUAGUUUGACAUUCUAUUUACUUUGGUUGUUUACUUUGGUUUUAAUGUGUGGAAGGUAAUGGAAGUUCCAAAAAUUCAAAUAAUAUAUAUAAGCAGAUUAGGAAAUUGGUAAGAAAACAUUCUCAGGAUAUCCAUGUUGGCUGUGGUGUGCUUAUAAAUGUGCAUUGAUAUACAGUAUCAUUGAAUCAUCAGUAUUUUGUGUAGGAAAGCUGUAAUGUUUUUCUGUUUGGUGCAAGUUAAUUCUUCUUAUUACAGGUUUAUCCUUGGUUAUGUUCUAAUUACUGUAUUGACUACAUUGCAACAGAUGAUUCUCUUGUACUUAUUUAAAGUAAUCUGACUACUGUUGUUCACUCCACACAUUAAGAUUAUUCUUACUGUGAAGGAGAGUUAUAUUUAUCAGUGCAAUUUUUACAUCUGUUCUUACCUCAAUCAAACCAGUGUUUGUUAUUCUUGGUUAUGCCUCAUGCUCCAGCUCCUCUCCUCUACCAUUAACGUCUCUUUAAUUUUAUUGUAUAUCUCUGUUUCAUACCAUCUUCAUAGGCUUCCUGCAACAAUAUCACAAUUUAAAUAUUACAGUACUUGCACAUUUUGUUUAUUCCACUGAAAUUGAUUCCUCUAUUAUGUUUUUGAAUAUACUACACCCCUAUAUUUAUCACCCUUCCUCUUUUAUCUGAUAUUUUCCCAGCAGUUAAUGUAAGAUAUCAUUAGAUUUUUUUACUAGAAACUAGCAUCACAUUCUUGUUUUUAUUAAUAAUGUACCAAUGACUUGUAUUUCUUACUGGGUAAACCAUUGUUAUUGUGUGUGAUAAGCAAGGCUACAGCAAGUGCUGUUUUGAUGGUAUUGUAACCAUUGGUGCCAAGUUUGGAGUUAAACAAUGAUAACUUGCAGUGACUGGCAUUGACACAAUGCUCUUUGCGCUACCCUUCCUGAAAUGCAAAGUUUCUUAAUUACUAGUGGAACAGUCAUUUGUUAUAGUGUUUGUUGUAAAACCAUUAUAUAUUUGUGCAAAUAUUCUUAUUUUAAAGAAUUUUUAAGUACAUUUCACAACAAUACACAAAAUGAGUCAUAUAAAUAUAGUACUUCAAGAAUUUAUUUAAUAUUUUAUACCUAAGGAAUAGGAUACAAAUAAUAAUUAACUCUUUGACUGUGUACAGUAUUUACAUUUGACUGCAUAUUCACACCAGAUGCCGUUGAGCUCUAACAUUUUAUAUUUUUCCCUCAAUUUCUUUUAUGGCAUUUAUAAUAAAAUAAUGGUGAGAAAUUAAUAAAAUAAAAUUGAGGCAAUUUUUUUUAAUUGAAAUGUUGCCAUUAUCAAUACCAGACCAAAUGUCCACAAAGCCUAGAAUAUUAUAUACAGUAAAGAAAAAAUAGGAUUUUAUGUAUUUUAACAGAAAAAUGUAAUAAAACUCCUUUACUUUAUUCAGUUUUAUUUCUAACAAUAUGUACCAUUAAAUAUUUAAAUAUGCAUGUAAUAUUCUGUUCAGUACAUUGUAGUAGAAAUAAAACUCUUUAAUGUGAAUAAUUAAGUUUGAUGAGAAUUUAGAAAAACUACAUUAAAGCUUGAAUGUCAGUACUGUACCAUUAUGCAUAAUUUUGUAUAAUAGGCUUAAGUAAUAUGUUAAAAUGCUCAAGGCAUAAUGUUAAAAUGUAAAAAAAUUAUGUAAAACAGUUGUAUAAAUAGGACAUUUUUAAUGCAAUAUGAUAUAAUACUUUUGGCUAUUGCAGCUAGCAUGUACCGAGGCAUGUAUUUGCAGUUUUUAAGGUUGCAUGAGGAUUGUAACCGUUAAAAACACUGAGAAGGGGUCAGGAUAAGGAUUUAGGAUGGGAUGGGGGAAAGGAAUGGUGUCCAAUCACUUGGGCUGGACGUGGGCGUGUGACGAUCUUGCUUCAUGCAGGUGGGCAUUCAAUCCCUGAUAGUCCAAAUAGUUGGCACCAUUCCUUUUCCCUGUUCCAUAUAUAUCCUGACUCCUUCCCAGUGCUAUAGUGUCAUUAUGGCUUGACACUUUCCCCUGAUAGUUUCCUUCCUUCCUUUCCUUUCCAUCUUUAGAAGUAAAAUAUUCAGGAAUCUCUCUCCUGUGCUAGUGUAAACAAGUCUACACCAAUUUACAAUUUUCAUUCCAGCAACAGGUGUCAACCAUCAUAGCUAAAGGGUUAAAUAGUCUUUUCAAUGUUGGAAAUUUAUUAAAAGUGCAGAGAUAACUGUGAAAAAUAUGGAAUAAGAAUACAUUGUGGUGUUCAGAAAAGGACACUUAAUAUUUCAUCAAGGUCAUCGACUUUUGAAUUGCAAGCAAAAAAAUUUUAUACCCACACACUGGGUCAUGCAUAAUGCUUACAUGAUAGAUUAGUGCUUACAUAAUUGAUACAAAACGGGUGUAAGUUCAUGUAUGCUCUUGACUGAUGCUAUAUGGUUGCCAUUCUGAAACAAUAAACUGUAUUAGUAAAUUGUGCAGAUGUUAGGAAUCAAUAUAUAUAUACAGGCAGUCCCCUGCUACAAGCAUGUUGUAUUCUGAAAAUGUGUUCAUGAAGCAUUUGUUUGGAAUGUGGACCGAGAUUUCGCAUAGAAAUUCACAUAGGUGCUAUAAAUGGGGGAUGCAUUUCCGGACCACCAAAAAUCAUCAUAACGCCAAUAUUUUUGGGACAUACAGUAAUAUGAAAUGUUCAAUAUAUUAUUUACCUUGAAUGAUGGAGUUGACCUGCUUGUCAAAGUUGGCUGUGGGUGAAAUUUUUCCCACCUAUAGACAUAAAUAAUUGAAUAAUAAAUUGAUAUAAUAAUAAGCUGCUAUGAAGAUUUGCCCUAUGUUCUCAAAUAAUAACUUUAAAUUAAAUGUAUAGAUGGGCUGAAAAUUUUCUCUAGAAUUCAUCAGCUAUAGAAUUUACACGUCACCACAAGAUGUUGGAGUAGCUGAAAUAUUUAUUUUAAAUUUUGUUAAUGAGCUAAGGUAUGGAGAUUAAAUCCAAUACCUUGUAUAUAAAUCAAAUUAAUAUAUUUAAUUUGAAUCCUGUAACAGUACGUAUUUAAAGAUUUAACUCUCAAUAACUAUUGAUACACGAACUGGGGUGGGGAAGGUACGUCACCAUAAGCCCAGCUAACUCUGAGAAUCUAACUCACUCACUCGACCAACAACAUGGAAUUGACACACGUAUUGUUCAUUAUAAAUCACUGUUGGUCGCUUAAGCUGCACAUUGAAGUAGAUGGCUGUUAGGAGAUUAAAUCAACAGCUCUGUUCUGACCCAGGCAUUAAGUACUGUAUCUAGCUCCCAGUAUUGUUAUUAGUCAGGCCUGAUUAUAGAUGGUGGAAGUGGAGAAAACCUAGUACUGGUUAUGGGCAUAUGAUUUCCAAAACUCAUGUAAGAACCUAAUAAAAAACUUUAAUAAUUAAUUGAUUACAGUGUGUGUUUACAUAACAUCUGUAUAUUUCUCACAUUAAUAAUACUGUAUAUUCACAGACAGGAGAAGUCAGGACUGAAAUGUACCCUGUUGAACGCCAUUACACACAAGGUGACGCUACCUGUGCACAGCGUGUAUAGAAUUUUCUCUGGGUUAUUGAUGACAGUAUGUGUUACUACACCAUAAGAAGUCAUCAUACUAGCUAAAAAUACUAUUUAAAUAUUUAACAAUUCAGGUCACACAUUAUAUUAAUUUGAAUGACUGUAAUUUACUGUAUUAAUUAUAACCAAUUUCAUUCCUCUGGCAGUAGGCUUAUGGUCGUAUGUGAGUACUUUCAUGUUGUAAAGUGUAAUUAUAUGUUUGUCGACAGUCUGAGUAGCCUUAGGAUUGAAUUCAGAGCAGUAAAUCUACAUUUAAUUUCUACAAUUUACCAGAUAAACUGUAAGUUCUGAAUUUAUUAAUUAACAUUAUAAUAAGCCCUCCACUGGGAAUUGUGUGCAGUCCAUUAGAAAUAAAUAACUAUAACCAAUAUACAGUCCACUUGCAUUUAAAUUGAAGUAAAUAAUUAAAUUAUCCACAUAAUCCUACAGUUUGUGAGGAGUGAAGAGAUAUAGUUGCUGGUGGUGGCGAUAUGUCGAUGACAGAGGUGGGCUUGUCAUUUUCAGUGUCACUGGCUGCAUUUGAUGUAGUAGAUGAUUUGUGGUUGGCAAACACCUGUGGGUAAUCCAUUAUCAGUGUCACUACCUGUUGUAGAACUCAAAGUUUUUGAUUAUCUCUUGAUAAUCUCUUGCUUUGUCUCUAUGGUAAUGGGUUGCAUUUUUCUUGACACUAGUGCAUCACCACCACUCUUCCUCUUCGCCAUUGUUAAUGGUAUUUUCCCUCAAUAAAGUCCAGAGAAUGUGCAAUGUUUCUAGUCUUGGGCAUGAGGAAACUGCUGAGGCAGCACGGGUCUCCACAGAUAAAAGUCAUUGUUCACAUGAUAAUUUGGUAACGUAUUUUAAAACCUACCUAACCGUACCCAAACAAAUCUAUUAUAAACCAACUGAGCCUUCCUUUAUUUCACAGCAUGAUCUAAGCUAAUACCUCCUAGCCUAAUAAUUCUUACAGCUUUAACAAUCGGAAAAUGAGCUGUUGAACAUUCGAGUACGAUUUGACCAUGCCCCAUCUCCCCUAGUGGGCUGUACAGACAUUUUAAUACCACCCUACAUCACUAUAUGGCUGCCAUAUGGACAUUUCAGUGCUGUUCAUAAUAUUGGGGACAGUAGUGUGAGUUCGGUUUGUGAAUUGAUACAUGAAAGGCGACUGGGGAGACCAUUCAGAUGGACAAGUGUUUGUAUAAUGGGCAUUCUUAUAAUAAGGACCUCUUUUACCAUAUACGAAUAUUGAUUCUUAAUAUCUGCAUGUUGUUGUAUUUUUUCAUGGCACCAAAAAUGUAGCUUCUAAUCAAGCUCAAUGCAUAGUAUUGUACAGUAUUAAUUUAUGAUUAAUGCAAUAAUUACUGUAUAUUAUGUACUCUUUAGUCAUAGAUGUGCUCAAUCUUUUUCUCUUAAUCCCUAAAAGUCUCUGCUUUAUACAUUCUACUGCCUUCACUUAAAGAAAUACCGCAUAUCCCCCUUUAUUCAAAACUCUUGUAUUUUUUUUAAUCAUAUUUACAUUGGGAAGAUAAUUUCACUAAUGUACUAUACUGAAUUUAAUUUAACUCUAUAAUGUUCACUACUGUACUGUACUAUACAUCUAUAAUGUACCAUGCAUCUAUAAUAUGUUGGAUGCAGUGUAAGGAUUCCCAUGUGGUAAAUACAAUCAAUAUACAGUAUUUGGUUGCAAUGAAAAAUAAUGUUUGUUACAACUGAUCAAGGCCGUGCAUUCACGACCCAAUUUCAGUGCCAAAAAUGUAAUUAUAUUUAAAUGUAACUUGUAAGGUUAUUUUGGUAUCAAAAUGUGCACAAAAAUGUUCUAUUAUUUAUACUAAUAAAAAUAUAUUUUGGUAUAAAAAAACAGAAAAUAGCGAACCUUGGAUGCAAUGCCAUUUUAGUUUCAGAAUGAGCAGUAUGAUAUGAAUCUCUCCAUUCGAACUUCUGUAAUUUAAAAUUGUUAGUAAUUUAAAAGAUCUGUUGGGACCUAGUAAAAUAGGUAUUGUCUCCAAUGACCUGCAUAUACAGAUGCCAAAUAGCCAUUCAUACAUGUCUUUUUACUCCAAAGUUCAUCAGAUUCAUUGAAUUUUACCCAUUAAUAAAUAAUGUUAUUUGUAAACGAAGGAAAGAUCUGUGGUUUGUUUUGAAAAAUAAUGUUAAUGUCUUCAAGAAGGAUUUAUUCACAUGACCUUCCUUGUUUCACCUAAAUAGGAAAUGGAAAACUUUGUUAAUCUGACUGUAGGGGCCCAAUACGAUUAAGUCGUGAACACUUGAUGGAAAAGGAGUCUACCUGCUUAUCGCUGUACUAAUUGCAUAGUUCUGCUCAGUCAUGCAUUUAAUUAUUGGUUGCCCUAAUUUUCAAGAUAAAAAUAUUGGCUUCCCAACAAUUUAAAUAGUUAAUUAAAACUAUUUAAUAUAAAGUUACAGCAUGUAUAUAUAUUUUUCUUCGUUAUCAGCAAUUUAUGUAAUACAGUAUACUGUAUAGAUGAUUGCAUUAUUUGAGUCUUAGUGCCAUAGAAUACUGUAUAGCCAAACUGGGUUAGUAUUUUUUGUUGUAAUCCACUAAAUAUGAGUAGAUAAAUCCUACAUAUGGUUGUGUUAUUAAGUUAACCCUUUUGUGGAAAUAUUUGAAUUUUUGUAUUGAGAAAAAUGUGGACGUGUGUAUGAUGUAUGGUUCUAUUUAACUUUAAGGCAUCAUGAUGUAUGGUGAUGAGUGCAAUAAAUGGUGGAAAAAUGAAGUUGGUGAAGAUGUAUAUAAUAAGUAUUGUACUGUACUGUAUUUGUAAGAUAGCAUACCAAAAUGUUAAGUGCAAUAUCAUUAUUUUUUAAGUAUACUGUACUAGUAUUGUUAUUUUUUGCUACUGCUGUGUAAGUCACACCAGAAUGAAAGAUGUGUGCAUUUAUAAUGAGUUAAUCUAUUCUUCUAUUUUAAUAUUAAUUAUCAUCAAUGAGUGUAAACAAUUCUUAGAAUGUUUUGGUAUUCAACCCACUGUAUUAUUUUGUGCAUUUAUAUUUUCAAAGCAAAUUAUCUUAUUAAAUAUUCGCUAUGUCAGUGAAUUUAUGAUGUGUGAUGUAAGGCAAACAAUUCUAUGAUCAAUGUUUAUAAUAGUGAGUGUUCCUAAGAAUGCAAGUGCAUGGCAUUCCAUUAUUUUAAAAUUUAAAAUUACUUGGAUAUUCAAUAUAUGAGCAAACUAGAAUUAUCAGUAAAUAUAAAAAUACUCUCAACCCUCAACCCUCCCUCAUAACAGAGUAUAUAACUUACUCCUGGGCAAGACAGGUAUGUCACAAAAGAAAUCAUGCUGGUACUGUACUAGCUUCCUCAUUUCAUGGCGAAGCCGAGUAAUAAUACUUGUACAGUACUUGAGUUCAGAGUAAUGCGGUAGUAUACAAGGAAUGGAGCUUAGUGAGGUAUGUAAAGAUAAUAAUUUUAUUUUUUUUUAACUCGAGAUUUGAGCUUAUGGAAAAAAAUUGUAAAAAUGCUCAAUUAUAUUUUAAGAAUUUCCUUUCAAUCUUGCCUCUGAAUUUUGCAGGGAAUCAAUACAUUUUGCUCACUGGAAGAAAUUCAUCAUGUAAGCAGCCUUCAUUACUUAGUUAUGACAGCACUACCUUCUUUCAGGGCAUUUUUUUUAUGUAUAUUUGAUUGUAUUUUAGCCAUAUAAUAAGUACACCUGCGUUUGUUGCUUCGUAAUUUUGUGAAGGAGGACUUUUUAAAGUCUUCUUGGAAAGUCUAUAUCUUGAUUGUAUACCAAAAACUAAAUCAUGCAUAGUUUAGCACAUACAUGGUAUUUUUUGUCAUGUGAUUCAACACACUCCAAAACACACUCCAUAUAUUUUUGUGGUACAGUACCCGUGUUAAGUUAAAGAACACAUAUGUGAACAUUUAAGUAUUUUAUAUUUUCAAAUUUUUUUUUUUUUUUUUAAUAAUAGUGUGCAUGAAAUUGAUCAUUAAGCCAUACAAAACUGUAGUGUAUUACUGCAUAUCCUCACUUAGAUACAUAUAGCACCCCAUAUUAAUUGCAAGUAAAUUUUAAAUUUGUAGAGAAAACUAUAAAAAAAAAUGUAAAAUUAUAUUUAUUGUACAUUUGUUUAACCAAUAAUAAGAGUAAAAAGAA